UCUCACAGAAUAUCUAAAAAAAGCGGAAUAUGAUUAAAUUUCAUCUUCUCUCUCUUGUUUUUUUCAUUUACUAUAUUAGAAAUGCUGGAUGAUUAUUUGGGAGCAUGUCCCCACAGAAUAGUUGGUGGUGGUUGACUAGGACGAAGACGAAGAUCAACAUCUGAAGAUUGUGAAUAUUAAAUUAGACAGUACAGUGGUGUAUGAUUGUGAAUGUGAAGAUGAUGAAGCAAGUCGAAAAAAAGCAAGAGGUUGAGUCAACAAUGUCGAAAGCUCAUAUCCUGGUAUUUCCAUAUCCAGCACAGGGCCACAUUCUUGCACUUCUUGACCUCACUCACCACUUAGCCAUGGGAGGCUUAACUAUAACAAUCAUAAUCACUCCAAAAAACCUUCCAAUUUUGACCCCUCUCUUAUCCACCCACUCAAACAAAAUCCAAACCCUAAUUCUCCCUUUCCCUUCCCACCCAAACAUCCCCUCGGGUGCAGAAAACGUCCGUGAGGUCGGCAACACCGGAAACUACCCUUUCAUUAACGCCCUCUCCAACCUCAAACCUUCAAUAAUCCAAUGGUUCAUCACCCACCCUAACCCCCCCGUGGCUCUCGUCUCCGAUUUCUUCCUCGGCUGGACUCACCAACUCGCCACUCAACUCGGCAUCCCCAGACUCGCCUUUUACGGCUGCGGCGCGUUCUUUUCAACCGUCAUCACGCGCUGCUGGCAGAAUCCACACUUUAUCCACUCACAUGGACUCGUCGACUUCCCCGGAAUCCCCGGAACGCCGUCGUUUAAGCGGGAGCACCUUCCCUCCGUGUUCCUUCGCUACAGGGAAUCAGAACCGGACUCUGAGCUCGUGAGGGAGAGCUUUAUUUCCAACGCCGCCUGCUGGGGCGUUGUCUUCAACACGUUCCGCGCGUUGGAGGGUCCUUCCUUGGAUCACAUUCGGACCCAAUCGGGCCACCCGAGGGUUUUCGCCGUUGGCCCAUUGGGCUCUAAUCGAGUAGAUGCAGACGCAAGUAAAGGAUCCCAAGUUUUGCGUUGGCUCGACGGGUUCGAGGAGGAAGGUUCCGUGCUUUACGUGUGCUUCGGAAGUCAGAAGCUGUUAAAGAAGGAACAGAUGGAGGCUUUGGCGUUCGGGUUGGAGAGAUCCGAAACCCGAUUCGUUUGGGUCGUGAAGACGCCGUCAACUGAAGAGCUCAAGAAAGAAGGUUACGGGUUGGUUCCUGACGGGUUUGAGAAUCGGGUUUCGGAUCGGGGCUUGGUUGUUACAGGUUGGGUUCCUCAGGUGGAGAUUUUGGGUCACCGGGUCGUGGGCGGGUUUCUGAGUCACUGUGGGUGGAACUCGGUGAUGGAAGCAAUGGUGGCUGGGGUUGCGAUUGUAGGGUGGCCCAUGGAGGCUGAUCAAUUUUUGAAUGCGAGGUUGUUGGUGGAGGAUAGAGGAGUGGCGGUGAGAGUGUGUGAAGGGGCGGAUUCUCUGCCCGACCCGGAUGAGUUGGGCCGGGUCGUGUCUGUGGUUAUGGGUGUGGAUAGUCCUCAAAAGAGAAAAGCAAAGUUAAUGAGAGAGGAAGCUUUUAGGGCUGUGAGUGAGGGUGGGGAUUCUUGCAUGGACGUGGAUGAGCUUGUGACAGCAUUGCUGAAGCUUGGUGUUAAAGAUGGACGUUGAUUAUCAUCGGGUAAGUGGUUCAAUAACAAUGUUACUGCGUGCAUGUAAUAUUUUUUAACAAACUUGAUGAUAAGAACAUGUUAGAAAAUAAUUAAUCUUAAGAAAUAAUAAUUCUAUGCUUUUGAAAAGUUUUUUUUAAAUAAAAAUAUUAGUUCUAAAUUACAUUCAAUGAUUGUACCUAUAUCGAUUUUAAAGAAAAACAAUCCAAAAUAAUGCUUGAAGUUUGGUUUAAAUUGGGCUAAAAAUAAUAUCAAAUCAAAAUUAAUUCGGACUGAAAUUUUGUAAUUUAGAUUUUGCCUUAUUAUUUUUAUUAAGGGACAACUUAAAUUUUAUAGUUAAUAAAUAAGUAAAUUUUUAUUAGAGUAUGAAUAGAGUCUCAAUACAUAAAUUUUUAUAGUUGCUAAUUUUUAUUCAAGAGACUAUUACUAAAUAAAAAGUCAAAAUAUAUAAUAAAUAUGAAAAAAUGGUUAAUAAUUAUUGAAUCCGAUCAUAAAUCACAACUUAAUCUAAAUUAUAAAUCUUAAAUCAAAUUAUUAUAAUAACAUAAAAGUGAAAAGUGAGUUUAUUGAUCAUGAACAAAUCUUUAAAUUCAGUUUGAUAGUAGGGAUUAACAGAAUGUGGAAAUUAACUAAUUUAACUAAUGUUACAUUUCUUAACAAAUUAGUAUAAAAUAUACAAACUCCCUCAAGAUGAUGCCUAGCUUGGAUACAAUAAAAUUAAAGACAGAUGAAUGUAAAGCUUUGGUGUGAAUAUCUGCAAGUUGUGCAACAGAGGGGAUUGGAAGUAAUGAAGAAAACCUUGCUGCAGUUAUUUUAAAAAGCUAAAUGAUAAUCGAUUUUUGUGUUUUGUUCUCUCAUGGAAUGCUAGGCUUUGUGUAAUUUGGAGAGGGUUGUUUUAGAUCCAUGAGUUAAUAAAUAGGCUACCCAUUAUUGGAUUUC